CAAAACGUCAAAUAUGCACCUCAAAUCUCACUGCGAUCAACACACGGAGUAGUUGAUUAUUAUUAUUAGUAUCAACUGUGCAAAAUUUGCGCUUCAAUUCUCGAUCCCAUACCGCAGAAAGCAGUUCCAAUAGUUGCCGAAUGGCUUCCGCAACCCCGCAGGGGGCGAACCUUCUUUAUGGGCUGAGAAAGUCGACAAAAUUCAGCAAAGGUCUUGGUGCACUGCUACCGCAGGCGUACCGAAAGUUUUGGAACGAAUGGAAAAAUCAGCAACCUGCGGCAGUGCACUACGUGCCGAAGGAAGGUAUGUUCCAACGGGAGGACUUCACAGGACUGGUGACACCGGUCCAGAACGUACCGAUACCACUGAUCGAUCCACCGGAGGCACACGAGGGCAUCUGGGGCGGUGAAGCGAUAAUCAAGGGUUUCCAGAAGCGCACACCAUACAAACGGCGAGUGCCACACUUCUGGGUACCGGUGCUGCGUCGCUCGGUCGUCCACAGUCGGGUGUUGAACGACCACAUGGCCGUCACAGUAACCGAUCGAACGCUCGAGCAGAUUCACGACCACCACGGAUUCGACCACUAUCUGCUCAAGACACCGGCCUGCGAUCUGCGUUCGAUGCUGGCGAUCAAACUGAAAAAGAAGAUCCUAGAAGAGCUUGCAGCAGGCUGUCCGAAACUAGCGGCCGAACCGUCCAAGCAGCAAGAGUGCCUCCGAGAGUACGCCUGCUACCUGGAACAGUUCACACCGGAAGAGAUCGAAUGGUAUGGUCUAACGUACGGUGAGGCAAUCCUGAAGAUGAGAACGAUGACGGAGGACAGUGAGGCCCAAAUGCCGCAGAAGGUCCUCUUUCGCCAGCAGUUGAUCGAGCAGCUGAAGGCGGCCGGUAUCCGUGAGGCACAGGAUGGUAGCGACGAUGAAGCACUGAAGGGCAUCAAAGAUUCCUCGUCGUGGCUUUCAAAGCUCAGCUUCAAGCCGAAAAAUUGGUGAGGUUGAACAAAACGCAGAGCGGUCCGAACCGGGGCCUUCAGACAAACGACAGGACCGCCUUCGGCCAACUACCCGAGCAGAGUUCGGUUACUGUACAGAGCAGCGUAACGCGCCCAUAGUCACUGCCUGGACUGGUGAUCGGUCAGGAAGUUAAUGAGAAUAAACCAAUAAAUUCGUCAACUGUUACAUAGUUAUUCAUAU